UAUUCUUAAGAGGGAAAAUUUAAAAUGACAUCGGCGCAUCGCCCGUCACUGAACUGGAAGAUCAUUCGAUUCUAGGGUUUUCAGUUGUUUUCACAAUCCUUGCGUGACGAAGAAAACUGGGUCGCGCAUUGAUCUCAAUGCUCGGGAAUGAGCUACAAGGAAAAUGCGGUGGCUGUAAAUACCGGCGGUGAGUUAUCGUUGGAGCAGCGAGCUCGAAUCUCCCAAAGUUUCAGAGCUGCCAAGGCACGCCUCGCCAGAAAACGGCAGAGGUUUGAGUCUGGCGGUUCCACGGAUUGUCUCUCGAGCAGUGAAGCGUCUGGAGACAAUAAGGGUGCAAAAAGUUUCAAUCAACUUGAUGAGAUUCAGAGGCUGCCUCUUUCUGAGAUAUCGACAAACAUAUCAUCAAAACCUUCCCCUAACGAUUGGAAAUUGUCCAGAAAGCACAGUACUGUUGUAAAAAUUGAGGCUAAGGGUGAGGUGCUUUUUACUCCAAUCAGACAAGGUGAAACCUCGAGCAAAACGUGCUCAAUAGUUCCAUGUGGAACUGGUGAAAUUGAAGGUUUUAGUGUAGAGAAAGGCCGAUGCACUUACGAAUGUAGGUCAAGUUUGAAUUAUGGUGCUACUCUGCAGUGGCAGCAUCGGUGUGCAGCUGAGUCAAAUUCGGAAAGUCAUUCAGUAGAAUCACUAGUUACUCCUAAUACCCAUGGCUCUCUCUUGACAUCCAAUUUUUUGAAUGAUGAUUUUGAUGAGUCAAUAUUCGAACUAAUUGAUGCUGUCUGUGAAAAAACCCCAUCGUGUAGUUCUGUAAGGGAAAAUACUGCAGUAAAUGGAUUGGGUACUGGAGUUAUUGUUAAGGAUUCAGAGGAACAUACUGCCCUCCAAAGUCAUGAUGUUUGCGAUGAGGUGCUAAGAUCAAAAGAAAUUUCAAGUUCUUCUGGCGAUCAAGCAUGUGAAACAGAAGUGUUGUGCGAAUCAAAGAGUAAACUGACAGAAAGUAUGCCUGAGGAGUAUGCAACGUACAUUCAGUCUCUGAAUGAUAAACAGAAGGAAGCAGCGUGUUGUGACACUUCAAUUCCUCUAAUGAUUGUUGCUGGACCAGGAAGUGGGAAGACAUCUACUAUGGUUGGACGUGUUUUGAUGCUUCUACACAAGGGUGUCAGUCCGUCCAACAUUCUGGCAAUGACAUUUACUACAGCAGCUGCAGCUGAAAUGCGAGAAAGAAUAGGAGCAGUUUCGGGGAAAGCAGCUGCAAAAGAGCUAACUAUCAGCACUUUUCACUCAUUUUCUUUGCAACUUUGCCGUCUGCAUGCUGAGAAGUUAGGACGAACCCCAGAUUUUUUAAUAUAUGGGCAUGGACAACAGAGAAAAGCUAUAAUAGAGGCUGUUCGCCUGUUGGAGGAUGGAAAGAAAAGGGCCAAUCUUGAGCUUUGUAAGCUUGCGGAGUUGCCUAAUAUAGAUUCUCCAAAAAAUUUUAAAGACAUGUCAAAGAAAUGGUUGAAGUUUGUAACUCAGGCUAAAGCUGCAGGAAGAAUACCUGAAGAUUUUCAAAAAAUUGGUGACCACACAGGAGCAAUUAUUCUCGAGAACUACAACAACAUAUUAAGAUCCUGUAAUGCAUUGGAUUACCAUGACUUUAUCAGCUGUUCCGUGAGGCUACUAACUGAUUUUCCAGAAGUUUUUAAAGAGUGCCAAGAAUCAUGGAAGGCAAUCGUCAUUGAUGAGUUUCAGGACACAAGUGCCAUGCAAUAUGUCUUGUUGCGGAUUCUUGCAUCCCAUAAAUGCAUAACCAUUGUUGGUGAUGAAGAUCAGUCAAUUUUCAGUUUUAAUGGUGCUGAUGUUAACGGGUUUGAUUCAUUCAGAAAAGACUUUCCAAUGUACCAGGAGGUCAGACUAAAUAAAAAUUACAGGUCUACACGCUGUAUCAUUGAAGCUGCAUCAUAUCUUAUACGAAACAAUUCGAAGCGCUGUAAUUCAAAGGAUAUUCUAACUGAUAAUUCUUCUGGAUCAAAGAUUACAGUCAAGGAAUGUUGCAAUGAAGAAGCACAGUGUGCUUUUGUGGUAGAUAAAAUUUUGGAAAUUGCAUCAGAUGGUUCAUCUGCUAAAUGCUCAUAUGGCAAGAUUGCUGUUCUUUACAGGAGGCAGGCAACAGGAAAAAUAUUUCAAACGGCAUUUCGUAACAGAAAGAUACCAUUUAACAUUCAUGGUGUGGCUUUCUACCGUAAAAAGGUAGUUAGAGCAAUUAUUGCCAUGCUGAGUACAACAUUACCUGGUUGUGAUGAUGCACCAUUUCGUCGAGUAUUCAAGGCUUUACUUCCUUUUGAUAAAGAUGAAAAAACGAAGGUAAUUGAACACAUUGAUAAAGUUUCAACUGUGAGAAAAUGCACCUUUAUUGCGGCUGCACGUGACAUUUUUAAUGCAAAAGUAUCUGGAAUCUUUAAGAGGAGUGAACUGACACAAGGGCGUAAGGUGCUGCUCACUCUGGACAUGAUUUUGAAACUAGUCUGCAGGGAACAAUCCAUUUCAGCUGUAAUCAAUUCUGUGGCUACUAUGAUACCACAGAAAUAUCUUCUUGAACAAAAAGCAGUUCUUGAUGUUGAUGGAAGCAAGCUGCUGAAUGAAGAUAAUGAUCUUAGACCUGUGUUGCAGUAUUUGUUGGAUGAUGUUUCAUUGUUUUUGACAACCGUGCAUAAUGUCGUAGAAUGUGGUAAUGAUAGUAUCACAGAAGGCAAAGGUUGCAUGAGUACACUCAAGGGAUUUAUUGAGUAUAUUACAGAUAGGGAGAGGGAGAACUUUCGACUGAGAAGGCAUGAGAAUCAAGAUUCUGUGACCCUUACAACAAUCCAUCAGUCAAAAGGGUUAGAAUGGGGGACAGUUUUUAUUAUAAAGGCAAAUGAAGGUGAGAUUCCCUUGUUGCAUGAAUAUAAUGGCAUUGUCAAUGAGAAUGCUAACUCCAUUGAGGAAGAGCGGCGAUUGCUUUAUGUGGCGAUGACUCGUGCUCAAAAGAAACUUUUUAUGCUGUAUGUCAUCAUGGAUUCUAAUUGGCAGGUUAUUCAUCCAUCCCGGUUUCUUAGAGAAAUUCCUCAUCACCUACUAGACACCCAAAAAGAGCUAAGUUCCGUAAAGUCAACGAAAAUUAGCGCCCAAAAUGACCAAGAAGCUUCUAAAGAAUCCAAUACUUGCAGAACAGAGUUGCCUGAAAAAAACUCAGGGCCUCAUGCUCCUGUCGGUAAUGUAAUCAAUGAGGCAUCCAAAGAGCCUACUGAGGUCGAAAAGUAUGGUAGCAGCAACUUUUUACAAAGGUUCAGUGCGGAGUACCGAGGUGUUGUUUCCCACUUGUUCCACCAGUGGGCAAAGAAACCUGCAUUUCAUGACCCCAAGAGAUUACUUAGCAAGGUUGCUUUUGUGAUUGAUGAACGUUUGUGUGCCAAGAAAAGUACCCCCAAGGAUGUUCUGCGUGAGCUGAAGUCUUGUUUAACAACUGACGAGGCUUAUAGCUUUGCUGAAUCAGUGUUACAGUGGGAGCAAAUUCCAACCGAAAAGCGUGCUCAUUUGAUGAGAGAAAAACAGGAACAUUUCCAGAAACUAAGAAUGGAGAGCGCAAUGAGUUCAUCUGAACCAACUGCUAAGCAGAUUUCGUAUCUACAGAAUUUGGGAUGCACUAUAGUGCCUACUUCCAGGCUCCAUGCUUCUCGUUUAAUUGAGGAAUAUAAGUCGCUAUGAUUUCAUUACAAUAUAUACAGAGAAUAAAAUAAAAUAACACAUUGAUAUUUAACGCUACUUUUUGGUAAUAAGCAUAUUAAUGGAACUGCUGUUGUGGAUUAUGUUUAUUCUAAGGAAAAAAAUACACACAAAUGAGCAAAAGGUGUCAUGUUAUUUAUUAGAAAGAAUAUAUUUUCUUUUGCCUAAUUCGAUCAAUACACAAGUUU